CGGGCGCCCUUCGUCAAGCGCCGCAAGGAGGGGAAGCGCUUCUUCAAGGAGCGCGAGGGCGGCAAGAAGAAGCUCACCCACGAGGAGUACGACGACGACAAGCUGCUCAUGCCAGAGGACCUCUUUUACCCAAUGCAGCGGUACACGAAGCUUUUCGGCGACCCUCGUUCAAAGGAGAACAAGGACAAGGGGCACAAAGUGAGCGAGAAGUACGGCACCAUCGGCGUGGUUGUGCCCGGAGAUGACGGCAUAAUGCCUUUUAGGAUUCAGCGAUCGAGGGGUUCGAAGAUACGGAAGGAGGAGGAGCUCGCUAACGCGGACGAUCCCGAGUUCGACGAGGCCAACUUGGAGGAGCAAUUCCAGAGCCUUCGCGAUCAAAGGGAUGAAGACCACGCCUCGACUGCCACCGGCAUGUUGCACGCCGUCUUGCUCGGCUUCAAAGACGACAGCGUCGAGCCCAGCAAGAAGGCCGUGGCGGAGGCUCCCGUGCAGAGAAAGAAAAAGCAGCCGAAGAAGAAUCCUCAGGCUGGUGAUGGCGACGAUGCUGACGAGGAGGAGGCCCCAGUGCUGUCGCGCAGGUUGGCCAGAGAGGUCUCCGACCCAGACGCCCUUACCAGGGGGAAAGUGCCGAAGCCAGCGUCGGCGGCGAAGCCUUCGGCGGCGAGGGGCUCGGGCUCCAGGCCAUCGUCCGCGCCGUCCAGAGUCACCCCAGACAAGAAGAUCCAGGGGGCCGUCACUGGCGGGAACGUCCCCGAGCAGUCGGGGCCGCGCAGCGUUGGCAGGCCCGCGCUCUGCCCGAAGGCCUUGCUGCUGGAAGUGCGCAGUGACUUCAUCCAAGCCAGCUCGGUAUCCACUUAUUUCGGAGACCAGCAUCUCGUCAAGAUCCGCCAGUUGGGCAGGGCGUCAGCGAAGGCACAGGAGAAGGCCUUGGUAUCUGGCCAGUCCAAGGAAGAAGUUGCGGAGUGGGAGCUGACUGGGAAACUCUUGCAGGUCGUGUCCUCCGUCAUUAAGCUGUACAAGGCAUGGAGUGUCAAGAAGGACGGGGCCGGCGCCCGCCAGUUCAUCUCGUCGUGGAUGCAGUUGGACGCCUUCGUCAAGGCCGACCCCCCCGGUGGAAGCGACCUCUUCCCCCUGUUGGUGAAGCAGGCGCACGCCGACGUGCGCGUGCAGUACCACUUCGCUGACAAGGAUACCGUGGCCUUGCUAACUCAACAGUCCCUCGUCAACGAGCUCGGCGUGCCAGAAUCCCACGCCAUCAAGAAGCAGGAAGAGUACGUGUACUUGGGCUUCUUCGGGAUCUUGACCAACGGCCAGCUGGACGUGGAUGCUGCGGGUGACCUCGUGGGGGACGCGGCCACGAUGCUCACGUACGCAUCGCAGUCAAUGCCGAAGUCCUUCCAGCCAGCGAUCAUUCAGCAGGUCCUCUGCGCGCGGCCAUCGAACUUCACCCAGCUGGAGAAUGCGUACGCAUCUGGAACUAAGUGUGAUGCUCCGCGGAUCGCAGGCUUGCUGGGCUCUGCGAGGCUUCAUGGAGAACCACUGCUGAGGAAGGCGAAGGCCCGCAUGGACAAGCUUGAGGCCACUCAGAAAGUGACGCUCAGGGUGGAGAAGGCGGUGGAGGACAUCAAGGCACACACCUCCGCCAGCAAGGACCCUGCCGAGUGGUCGAAUAUUGCCAGUUGCCUGAAAGAGUUGAUCUCGCAUUUCUUUGGACUUACACAGGAUCUCCGCGCAGAUGCUGGCAAGCUCGACUUCCCGGGACAUGCGCUCACAUGUACCGUAACUCUGGUGGCCAACGUCGCCGGCAAGUGGGUCAACCAUUUGGCCGAUGCGGAGGAGGCCGACUGGGCGACCCCGUGGAAGCUUACCACCGACAACGAGAUCAAGACCUUGCGCAAGAUCGGGGAGAAGCUGAGCGCUCCGCAGCCCGUCUUCGAGACGCUGGACUUCCUGCAGUCGCGGUCGGCCAACGCGAAGUGGCUGGGUGACCUUCUCGCAGGGCGCGACGUGGAGCGCGACGCCUUGGCCGCGCUUCAGAAGAUCGCUGACAAGGAGAACUUCACGGGCUUGUUCAUGCGCGGGACGUCGUUCCCAGUGAGUUCGGACAAAGCCCGGGAGCUCGAGAAGAAGCUCGCGGUCAUCCAGAGUUCCAUCGCCAAGCUGUCCGCCAAGGCGAACACUUCCUUGAUCACAGGGUUGGGAGAUAAGGUGCGCUCGGUGAUCGCGAUGGAGACUGACGUUGAGGCCGUUCACGAGUUGAUCGAGCCCGUCCUGGAGGGCCUCGGCGAGUUGAUCGAGUCCCUCUCCGGCAGUGGUGCAGUUCAGUUGGUGGCCACUCGCGCUGACGGAGCUGGCCGAUUCAUCCGCACCAAGCACAUGAUUGCUAAGGUGCGCAGUGGUUCGUGGGAUUUCGGCGACGUCGCUCACGGGGAGAACGUAGCCAACCUGGCGAAGGAGGUGGUUGGGCUUGGACAUUGGCUUGAAAAUCAACCCACGCUCGCCUUCGGCGACGCCAUCGAAGGCUUCCACGGCUUCGACCUGGUGGCCAUCUGCAAGGGGGCGAGCGACAUGGGCGGGCAGAUUGCUCAGGCGGCCUGGCAACAAGGUUUAUCCGCCGCGCAGCUGCUCAUCGACGAUGUCAACAGAGUCUGCCCGAAAGAGUCUUUCGUGGAGAACAAGGCCAUGCUCAACCCGGAUGACCCUUCGAUCCGCCACCUCCUGAUGAAUAACCCUUUGACCAAAGAAAUCGCACCGCUCGUCAGUACCAUGAAAAAUGCCCGCGGCAUCCUGGCGAAGGUCCACAAAGCGCAUCCCGUCGGCUUCAAGGUCUCGGAGUUGGACGAGGCCCUCCGGGCAGCGUCCGUGAGAUGCCGUCGGUUCCUCGGCGUGAAGCACUGCUUGGAUAAGUUGUUUAAUGAUGUUCCUAAGAUGGGCAAAGAGAAGCUUCAGACCUUUUUCAAACGUACGAUGGGUGAGCUCAGGCACCAUGGGUACACGGUGCCUUUAUUCUUGGAGAAAACAAUGGCGAAGUUGAGCGACAUCGCUAAUGGAAGGAAGCCUGAAGAGAGCGACCGCGACGAGGACCCGAAGGAAGAGGACGUUGACAAGACGGACGGCUCCGGGGCGGCUCCAGAGCCGGGGAUCGCCGGCCAGGCGGAGGUUGGCGGCCACGAGGUAGAGCCCAGCGACCACGCGACGGACGGCGGCCAGGAGAGGAUCGGCGACCAGGCGAAGGUUGGCGGCCACGAGGUGGUGAACUCCAGCGAGCCGGCGACGAACGACGGCCAGGAGAAGAUCGACGACCAGGCGAAGGUUGACGGCCACAAGGUGAACUCCAGCGAGCAGGCGAAGGAAAGCGACCAGGCGCCGAAGGACGGCCACAAGGUGAAGUCCAGCGACCAGGCGACGGGCGAGGUGAACUCCAGCGACCACGCGACGAACGGCGGCCAGGUGGGGAUCGGCGACCAGGCGAAGGUUGACGGCCACAAGGUGAGCUCCAGCGACCACGCGACGAACGGCGGCCAGGAGGGGGUCGGCGACCAGGCGAAGGUUGACGGCCACAAGGUGAGCUCCAGCGACCACGCGACGAACGGCGGCCAGGAGGGGGUCGGCGACCAGGCGAAGGUUGACGGCCUCGAGGUGGUGAACUCCAGCGAGCCGGCGACGAAGGGCGGCCAGGAGAGGAUCGACGACCAGGCGAAGGUUGACGGCGACAAGGUGAACUCCAGCGAGCCGGCGACGAACGGCGGCCAGGAGGGGGUCGGCGGCCAGGCGCCGAAGGACGGCGACAAGGUGAACUCCAGCGAGCAGGCGACGAACGGCGGCCAGGUGGGGAUCGACGACCAGACGAAGGUUGACGGCCACAAGGUGAACUCCAGCGACGCGGCGACGAACGGCGGCCAGGUGGGGGACGACGGCCACAAGGUGAACUCCAGCGAGCCGGCGACGAACGGCGGCCAGGAGGGGAUCGGCGACAAGGCGCCGAAGGACGGCGACAAGGUGAACUCCAGCGGCCAGGCGAAGGGCGCCGAGAAGCGCCAG